GUGUCAAUCAUCUGUCACAGACGACAAAAAAAAGGUGUCACAUUUUGUCGGGAAUAUACGUUUAUUUGUUUACAAAAACAAAACAAACAAACAAAGUAAAUAGUCUAAAAUAUUAAAUUAUAUUUGAAUUAAAUUGUAACUUAAUAUGUCUAUCAUAGUUAUAGCAAUAGCAUCGGAAAGUGGUGUACCAAUUUUCUCUAAGAAAGCCGGCAAUAAUGAAAAUAUUCAGUUCUCUACAAUAGCCUCACUGCAUGGGAUCAAUAUGUUCACAAAAUGUCACAAUCUGCAAAUGAUCAACACUCUAGUUGAUAAUGGAACAAUACUAUGGAAGGAAUAUUGUAAAAGUGUUACCCUAAUUGGAAUUGCAACUGGAGGGCUGGAGUGUGAUCUAGAACUCCUGUUAUCUUGCAUUCAUGAUGUCAUGGUGUUUUGCAUUGGCAAAAAAGAGUUGGAGAAUUUGAAGAAUUUAGAUCAAAUAAAGCGGGACUUGAGACAAUGUUAUCCAAUAUUGGACCAUCUGCUGGAAUCUUUGGAUCCAAACAAUGUGCCUCGGUCAACUAUAGUGUUGGAUUUUAUCCAGAGUUUCUUGUGUCCCCAGGCUCAACAACUGCAGCAAGUAUUGGAUAAUUAUGCACAAAGUGUGACAGGACGAUGGGCAUGCCUCACUAUACAUGGUCACUUAGUAGCCACAAGUUCGGAUUUCUGUGAACUGGAUCCAAGGGAAACCAGGUUACUGCUGCUACUUGCUGCGGCCCAGGAUGGGGCUCCUUUACGAGAUACUUUGGUGUAUUUACCACAAAUGAGCCCUAAUGUAGCAUUCCGAGCAGUGACAUGCAAGUUAUUAGCAGAUGUAUAUGUCCUAGUUAUAUGCGGAGCUACUCCGGCCUUGUCGCAGAUAGACGAGCUAGUGCUGCAAUGUUGGGAGGGAUACGCACAGAUUAUAAAGGAAGCAAAACUGGUUUAUCCAAGGAAUUUCCCUUUGAGUGUGACCUUCGAUUCAGCAUUGCUGGGGUUACUAGUCAUAAAUGUGUGCAAGCGGCGAUGCGUCUUUUCGCGUCACCUUCACCCCAACCAGAAGAGCAGAGGCAUGUCUGGCGUCCACAGGAUUGAUAUCUUGAGGACAUUCUACGUGACCACCGCUAAAGAUUUAGCGCCAGAAUUAAAAAUUGUGGAAGCUGAAGAAAACGAUACGGACGUCGUUGUCAGCGAGACGUACUGGUGUUCGGAGUAUCACAAAUGUCACGCGCAGCGCUCCGGGAGCCUGCUGUGUUGUGCGCUGUACGCGCCCACUGUGCCUACUCAUACUAUGAGAUUACUGACCAACCAAAUAAUCCUAGACUUGUCAACAAACAAAGAGAUUUAUUGGUAACAAUGAAGCCACCUACAUCCAACGGUUUACUGCAACCUACUUAAUAUCGUUCGUCCACCUAGUGGGGGUCAACCGACAUUGUGCUUUCUGGUUCCAUUGCACCUUGGGACUCCCAACGUCAAUCAGCAUGAAGUGCCCAUUCAUCAUUAUCAGCCGAUGGACGUCCACUGUUGGACAUAUACCUCUUGCAUGGACUUCCAAAACACAAUGGCCUCGACGCGCCAGCAUCCAACGGCCCAUUGCCACUUCAGUUUUGGUGGAUUUUCUUUAGAUAUACUCUCGAGUAUAGUUUGCCUCGAGUAUAUGACUUCUUAUUAUGAGGUCCAUAUAGUUAGUGAGCUAUUUUUUCUUAAAUUACCUUUCCCAACAUAUGUUAUGGAUAAGAAAUUUAUAGUAAGACUAGCGGACGCCCGCGACUUCGUCCGCGUAAAUUUCGAUGUCAACUUUACUACUACCCCUACCCUACCACUUCCCUAUACUACCCGUACCUCUACCCUACCACUACCCUACCUCUACCCCUACCCUACCACUACCCUAAACCCGGCCCUAAACCUACCCUACCCCUACGCUUCCCUACCCGUACCCUACCCUACCCUGUAACUUCUCUAUCUUACUCCUACCCUUAGCAAAAUCGGUCCAGCCCUUCGAGAGUGGUGGUAUGACCAAGAGAAAUAGAGACUUCUAUGCUAAUAAUAUAAAGAGGUAAAGUUUGUGUGGUUGUAGGAGAUAAUCUCUGGAUCUACUUUGGAAAAUUGUUUUACCAAUAGAAAGCUACGUUAUUUGCGAGUGCCAUAGGCUAUGUUUGAUCCCCAUAUUCACACGGGAACGGGAACUAUGUAAAUGAAAGCGCCGGGCGUCAUAUAGCGGAAUUUCUGCGUCUUUUAGAAAUUUUGUAUUAUCUCCGAAACUAUUUAAGUAAUUAACAUACUGUAAAGGGCAAAUCUUAUCUCCAUAAUAUCCUUGUGAUUAUUAAAUAAUUUAUUUUAGUAAGGAUUAAAGUUUAGUUGUAUAAAUAAUGACGUAAACCGAAGUAUAUAAAAUUAAUAAUUUUUAAAACACAAAAGGUACUAUAUCUGCUAAUAUAUAGAAGAUAGAUAUAUGGUGUCGCGGACUUUUUUGUAGAACUUUUAAAGUUAUAUAAAGUCUCCAUAGAUUAAUUUCAAUUUUACACAAUAGUUAAGGCAGCGCAUGCGAAUAAGUCUGUUUAAGAGGAUUUUCAGCCCGACCUGUAUGACAAAAACUGUGAUAACUCGGCUAAUAUAUAUGAUACCAAAAUAAAAUAUAGCCUAUAGCACUUCCCGAUAAUGCAGCAUUCUACUGGUGAAAGAAUUUUUAAAAUCGGACCAGUAGUUCCGAAGAUUACCCCAUUUAAAAAAUGUGACAAACUUACAAACUUUACCUCUUUAUAAUAUUAGUAUAGAUUUGUUAAGAGAUUAAUGUAGUAGAGGUAAGACUUCUCAGAUGAGGGCUGGACUAUUGAAGCUUUAAUGUAUCCAUUACUGGAAAGUUAAGUGUAUCAAAAUUCGUUGUAUUAGUAAAGCUAUAAAUAAGCGACAGGUGAAAAACAGACUUUUAUACAUUUAGAGAAUAUAAUAUGUUAUAUC